CUCGAGGUCCUCCGCAGAGCUCGCGGCCGCAGCGCACCAGGCCCUGGAUGCGGCGGCCGCUAGCGGUUCGGUCCUCUCCCCGCCGGCUCUCUCCCAGUUCCCCGGCCCAGUGCUUUGCUGGGGUUUGCGCUGCUUCCCGGUAACUCUCUCCAAAGCGGGACGAAAGUCCCGAGGAAAGAUGGCACACGUGCAGGUGACGGGUGGAAGAGGCAUCCCUGCCGCCGCUGCUGCCGGCUUGCUUGGGCGGUAAUCUCGAUAAGAUGCGAGUCUUAACUUGGAUUCCCGUGCUGCCUCUGACUGUUGGCGACUUUGUAACCUUGGAUCGGUCUUAGUAACCCCAGGCAGCUCUCCUACGUUUUCUGGGUAUCUGGAGGUGAUUGUUUUGAAUUGAUGGAGUUUUCUAAACCUGAGCGAGUGCUUUUGUUAUAUUAAUGAAAUCACUGGAUCGAUCCGCAAAGCGCUUAAGUGACUUCCUUGAUGUUUGGAACUGUGAUGAACUUGGGGAUGAGAAAGAAAGAUGGACAACAGCCCCGCCUUCAAAAAACUUACACUCCAGUGGGGAAGACCACAUAGUAAGGAGAGAAAGUAGGUUCAAGAUAACUUAGUAGCAGCCGGGAAGAUUGAGAAAGGCAUCAUGUAAAAAAGGCCUCCCAAUUUUCUUAUUUUGAUGGGUAAUACCAUAUUCUUAAACCUCGGCAUGGAACCUCACUGAACCUAGCAGCUAAACUAUUUCUCAUCCCACGAAUUCAAGACAUCACAUUUCCUUGAAGUGGAUAUAACCUAAAGAGUUUUGAAAGGAGCUAAGACAUAAAUACUUGUGAUGCUUUGAAGGACAAACUGAAGCAAAAGGAGCGGAACUCUUUGGUUUGUCUAAGAAGGAAGUGAACAUCAUGGAUCAAAACAACAGCUUGCCGCCUUAUGCCCAGGGCUUGGCCUCUCCUCAGGGUGCCAUGACUCCUGGAAUUCCUAUCUUUAGCCCAAUGAUGCCCUAUGGUACAGGACUGACUCCCCAGCCUGUCCAAAGCACAAGCAGUCUUUCUAUUCUAGAAGAGCAGCAAAGGCAACAGCAGCAGCAGCAACAGCAGCAGCAACAACAAGCUGCCCAACAGUCUGCAUCUCAACAAGCAACCCAGGGAACUUCUGGCCAAACCCCACAGCUCUUCCAUUCACAGACUCUUACCACGGCACCUCUGCCAGGCACUACACCCUUGUAUCCUUCCCCAAUGACCCCUAUGACUCCCAUUACACCAGCCACACCUGCAUCUGAAAGCUCUGGAAUUGUACCACAGCUACAGAACAUUGUAUCCACAGUGAACCUUGGCUGUAAACUUGAUCUAAAAACCAUUGCACUUCGUGCCCGAAAUGCUGAAUACAAUCCCAAGCGUUUUGCUGCAGUCAUCAUGAGAAUAAGAGAGCCAAGAACUACUGCCCUUAUUUUCAGCUCUGGGAAGAUGGUAUGCACAGGGGCUAAAAGUGAAGAACAGUCCAGAUUAGCAGCCAGAAAAUAUGCCAGAGUUGUACAAAAAUUGGGCUUUCCAGCCAAGUUCUUGGAUUUUAAGAUUCAAAAUAUGGUGGGCAGCUGCGAUGUAAAGUUUCCCAUAAGAUUAGAAGGGCUGGUACUGACACAUCAACAAUUUAGCAGUUAUGAGCCAGAGUUAUUUCCUGGACUAAUCUACAGAAUGAUCAAGCCCAGAAUUGUCCUCCUUAUUUUUGUUUCGGGAAAAGUUGUGUUAACUGGUGCUAAGGUCAGAGCAGAGAUCUAUGAAGCAUUUGAAAACAUCUAUCCUAUUCUAAAAGGAUUCAGGAAAACAACGUAACUUUUCUCACAUUUGUAUUUUUUUUUACAAGUUGUCUUGGUACAUUACAUGGUGUUAUUGUAUACGGCACGGAAGUGAAAUGAACUUUCAGUUGCAAAGUGCAACACUUAGAUACUUUUCUAGUGCCUAUUUCCUGGCACUGCUGAAGAAACUGUAUUAUUUCCUACAAAGAACAUCUAUGCGGCGUUACUGUGAGUUGCUUUUAUGGGGCUGUUUUGGAGCAGCACUGUCCAUUUUAUUUAUGUUUAGAUUUAAAACACUUUUAUCCUCGAUUGUAAUUCACAAGUCAGUUUAAAAGACAAAAACUGUGUUACUAAGUGUUAAAAACUACUUCCACUGUUGGGGGGGUUUGUUUUAACUUUCACCCAUAAAUCAUAAUUUUUAUAUUUCUACCAUAAAAUGAAACCUUUUUAAAAGUGUUUAUUUCUGAUUUAUAACUUAAAAGGGUUUUGUUUUUGUUUUGUGCCACACAUUCCCUCUUUCCAGUGUUGCAGGACAAAAUAGAUGUAUUAAUAGAGAGAAAGCUUGGCUGUACAUAUUCUUCUUUUGAGACCAGAACUGUCAAAUUUCCUCAGAGCGCUCUGUACAAUAAAUGCUGUUUAUACAAGUGUGAGAAAUUGUUUUAAUGUUAUCUCAUAAGGUUUAGGUGUUCAUAUUACAAAAAGACUGAUUCAGCAUCUGAUAGCUCUUCAUAUGUACUAAAUCUUAAGGAAAAGGGGAUUCUACCUAA